AUUCCAGACCUGCAGAUCGGUAACCACUAGGUACAGACGACAUCAGCACCAAUGGAACGUCUGCCUGUUGGAUGAACUGUCGUUUGACACAAAAUUCACAAUUCUUACAAUUCCCACCUUCCGACUCUUUGAUUGUCCACCUUUGGCCAUCCUUCCUCUCUAUGAAUCUAACCAUUUCCUAAGAUCAUUCUUGGGUAUACCUAUCGCUGCCUAUUGCCAGCGUCGAUGGCGCUUCUGUUGCCUACUGCCCACGUCCUCGUUGCUUAGUGCUGACGAACCUUUCAAUGACAGUCACAGCAGUAUAGCCGUAACACAUCCUUGAACGUAUCCCUUACCCGCCCACAGGCGAACCAUGGCGACCGAAGACCAUUCCCUCCGAAAGCGCAUUCCUCAAUCCUCACCAGCGGUCGAGUCCGGCUUUGGUCUAGAGAAUGGCAGCAUCCCUACUGGGGAGAAACCGCAUCCAGCGGGCGAAGUCAAAUACAGUGUCCUGAGCCAAGUACUUCGUGCACUUCUUCUGCUGACCUGGUUCAAUUGUGGUGCGGUCUGCAUCAAUGUCACUCAAUUUCUCGGGGCACCGCUAUAUUGGAUAAACAAAGACUACUAUUAUGCAUACAUGGCGUUGACAAAACAAUCGUUUGCUAUCAUGGGAAUUGCAGGAACACGUUGGUUCUCCCCCACGAAAGUGCGUGUGAGUUGGGACAAAGAUCUACGAGGGCAGUUCCGCAAAACUUCAGCCGGAAGGCUCGAGACGGCAUUCCCUGAACGGCUGGUGUAUAUUUCCAAUCAUCAGGUGUACACUGAGUGGCUAUACCUCUGGUGGAUUGCCUACACCAGUAGGAUGCAUGGGCACAUCUUCAUCAUUCUUAAAGAGUCGCUGAAGUACGUGCCCGUCUUAGGCCCGGGCAUGAUGUUUUACGGCUUCAUUUUUAUGGCACGCAAGUGGAUUUCGGACAAGCCCCGCCUGAAGCACCGACUCGAAAAACUCAAGACUCGACACAGUGGCCCCAUGUCUGGCUCGGAUGGACUGGACCCUAUGUGGCUGUUGAUUUUCCCUGAAGGCACCAACCUCUCUCAAAAUAUGAAGCAGGGAAGUGCCAAGUGGGCUGCAAAACAAGGUAUACCGGACAUGAAGCACCAGCUUCUGCCGCGGAGCACUGGUCUUUUGUUCUGUCUCCAGGAAUUGCAGGGCACAAUCGAAUGGGUCUACGACUGCACAAUUGCUUACGAAGGCACACCGAAAGGGGGUUUCGCCCCCGACAUUUUCACGAUUCGGUCCACGUAUUUGCAGGGUCGACCGCCGAAGAGUGUCAACAUGUACUGGCGUCGGUUCGCCAUGUCUUCGAUUCCGCUCUCAGAUGCCAAGGAGUUUGAGCUUUGGCUGAUCGAACGCUGGCGAGAGAAGGACGAGAUGUUGGAGCAAUGGUACAACACGGGACGCUUCCCCUCGGACGCGGCCUCUGCCGAUGCUAAGCACGGAGUGUCCGAGGAUGGCUUCAUUGAAACAGAAAUGACGCUCAACAACUGGAUGGAAAUCGGCCAGAUUUAUGUGGUGCUGGCCGCGGCUGCACUAGUGGUCAAUGUGGUGGUCAAGUUUUUUGGGAUGUUUAGGAGGCUGAAAUAAUUGGCUGGGGAAGUGAUGUCUGGCUGGAAAUGGCGUUGGACAGAACCAGGGCGGUGAACAUGGGGCACCACUUUGCAUAGGACUGGGACUGGGGCGAAGAAGGCCGAUUGUUUGGAUGCAUUGGGACAAGGGAUGAUAGAACAAUUGGCUGGUGUUGACCAUCGCAUGUCCACUGCUUCCAAGGGCGAACGGGAUGGGAUUCAAGCGGGCCAUGGUGGGCGGCCAGGUAUUUGCCAGGAGCUACUGGGUGAUAGAUAGACAAUGGGCACGGCAUGGUUGCUUGAUUGCUGAAAGACA